AAAGGUUCGACGAUGGUUCGAGCUAGACCACCUCUCCUGCUCAUGGCAGGAGGGGGCUAUCGUCGUGCCACCGAGUAUUUCACGGUGACAUUGUUACUAAUUUCGACGAUAAACGUCGCCCUCGCGGCCAAUUCAUCGUCGUCAUCAUCCAAUACUGUUUUGCCUGGACUCGGGGUGAAUUGGGGCAGCAUUGCGUCGCAUCCCAUGGACCCCAACAUCGUGGUACAAAUGUUGAAAGACAAUGGAUUCAAACGGAUAAAAUUGUUUGAAUCCGACUCUUACACCGUCAGCAAGUUCGCCGGCACCGACAUCGAGGUCAUGCUUGGAAUCCCUAAUGACCAACUCCAUGAUCUGGCCAAGGAUUACGACAACGCCAAGGAUUGGGUGAAGGAAAAUGUUUCUGAUCAUAUGUCUAGCGAGCAAGACAAGCACGUCAAUAUCAAAUACGUCGCCGUAGGGAACGAGCCGUUCCUGGCUAGCUACUACGACAGGUACGUGAACGACCUGUUCCCCGCCAUGCAGAACGUGCAAAAGGCCCUAAACGCAGCCGGGUUCGGCAACGUCAUCAAGGUCACGGUCCCGUUCAACGCCGACGUGUACGAGUCCCACUCCGACAAGCCGUCCGACGGCCAGUUCCGAUCCAGCCUGAAGGGCCAGAUGACGUCCAUCGCCAAGUUCCUCCGCCAGAACAAGGCCCCCAUCCUCGUCAACAUCUACCCGUUCCUCAGCCUCUACCAGAGCUCCAACUUCCCCGCGUCGUUCGCCUUCUUCUCGAACGACGGGAGGAAGGUGUACGACGGCAACAUCGCCUACUCGAACGUGUUCGACGCCAACUACGACACGUUGGUCACGGCACUAAAAAAAAUCGGGGUCCCCGACCUGAAGAUCAUGGUCGGGGAAGUCGGGUGGCCCACCGCGGGCCACAAGUACGCCACCCCGGACUACGCGCAGAAGUUCUACGCUGGGCUGAUGAAGCGUCUGGCGGCCAACAAGGGCACCCCGCUCCGACCGGGGAAGCUCGACGUCUACCUCUUCGCCCUCAUGGACGAGGACCAGAAGAGCAUCGCCCCCGGUCCGUUCGAGAGGCACUGGGGGAUCUUCACCUACGACGGGAAGCCCAAGUACCCACUCGACCUGUCCGGGGGCGGCAACCAGAACGAGAUGUUGGUUGCCGCCAAAGGGGUUCAGUACCUGCCCGCGCAGUGGUGCGUGCUGAACCCCGACGCGACCAACCCCGUCGGCCUGGACGACGCGUUGGGGUACGCCUGCGCGUACGGCGACUGCACGAGCCUGAAGCCCGGGUCGCCGUGCGCCAGCCUGGACAAGAACUGGCAGGCGUCGUACGCGUUCAACAAUUACUACCAGAUCAACGACCAGGACGUGAGCGCCUGCGACUUCAACGGGCUCGCUACGGUGGUCAAGACCAAUGCGACGCGGGGGAACUGUCUGUUCCCGAUUCAGAUUGUGAGCGACGGAGGAAGGAUCGGCGGGAGCCGUGGUGGGUUCAUGGCGGGCGUCCUGGUGCUGUUGGCGUUGUGGUUCACAUUGUAAGGUGGAAGGGGACCAAAGAGGACAUCAUUAUUUUUUUCGUUGUAACGCAAAAAAAAAAAAAAAACAAAAUGUUCUAGAGCAUUGAGUUUGGAGUUCGAUGUUGAAGUUUGAAAUUUAGUCUUUAGACAUAUUUGUUCUGUGGUUGGGGCGAUAUCCAAUGC